AUGGACGGGGCGGCUCGCCGGGGGGUGCUGGCCGCGCUGUUGGCCUGCGGGCUGCUCCUGCUGGGCGCCGCGGCCACCCCGACCCCGCCGGCCCCCGCCGGCGGCUCCCCGCAGGACACAUGCACCUCCUGCGGCUUCCGGCGGCCCGAGGAGCCGGGCAAGGUGGACGGGGAUUUCCUGGAGGCGGUGAAGAGGCACAUCCUGAGCCGGCUGCAGAUGCGGGACCGGCCCAACAUCACGCACGCCGUGCCCAAGGCGGCCAUGGUCACGGCGCUGCGCAAGCUGCACGCCGGCAAGGUGCGGGAGGACGGCCGCGUGGAGAUCCCCAGCCUGGACGGGCAGGCGAGCGCCGGGCCCCCGGCCCACGACCCGGUCUCCGAGAUCAUCAGCUUCGCCGAGACAGACGAUCUGGCCUCAUCUAGAGUCCGCCUCUAUUUCUUCAUCUCGAAUGAAGGGAACCAGAACUUGUUUGUCGUUCAAGCCAGCCUGUGGCUUUACUUGAAGCUGCUUCCAUAUGUCUUAGAGAAAGGCAGCAAGCGAAAAGUAAGAGUCAAAGUCUAUUUCCAAGACCCGGACACUAGCAACAAGUGGAAUGUGGUUGAAAAGAAAGUUGAUCUCAAAAGAAGUGGUUGGCACACUUUUCCCAUGACAGAGGCGAUCCAGGCUCUGUUUGAGAGAGGAGAAAGGAGACUGAACUUGGAUGUUCAAUGUGAGGGCUGUGAAGAGUAUUCAGUGCUGCCAAUUUAUGUGGACCCCGGGGAGGAAUCCCACCGGCCUUUUUUAGUGGUGCAAGCCCGCCUCGCCGAUAACAAACACAGGAUCCGGAAAAGAGGCCUGGAGUGCGAUGGCAGGACCAAUCUAUGUUGCAGGCAACAGUUUUACAUUGACUUUAGACUCAUUGGGUGGAAUGACUGGAUCAUAGCACCAUCAGGUUACUAUGGGAAUUACUGUGAAGGGAGCUGCCCGGCCUACUUGGCCGGUGUCCCGGGGUCGGCUUCCUCCUUUCACACCGCUGUCGUGAAUCAGUACCGAAUGCGGGGGCUGAACCCGGGCACCGUGAACUCCUGUUGCAUUCCAACCAAACUUAGCACAAUGUCAAUGCUGUACUUUGAUGAUGAAUACAACAUUGUGAAAAGGGACGUUCCCAAUAUGAUUGUGGAAGAAUGUGGUUGUGCUUGAUUUAAGGUGUGUUUUGGGGGGGGAGAGAGAGAGAGAGGGAGAGAGAGAGAGAAACAUUCCCGUACAAGAUGGUGUUGGAGGAAGUUUCACUGUGUAUCCAGGCAUCAGUGUUGGAAAGUCACUGUGGAAAAGUUUGACAAAAAAAAAAAAAGAAAAAAAAUAAUCAUUUCACUUUGGUGUCAGGACAGUGGCAGUUUGUGGAUCAUGGACACUUAUAUAUUCUAUCACUUAUAAGUUAAUGCUACGAAAUAUCUUUGAGACACACACACACACACACACACACACACACACGAAAUGUGGGCACGCACACAAACACGCGCUCAUACACACAGACACAGACACACACACACACGAGGCAGCUUGGAAAAGGGACAUGAGCACAGAAAGUCAGUGACCAGUGACGACGGACCUAAAUGCCUGCCAGUACGAGUGAACGGCUGAGCAGCUGUUUCCCUGCCUGCCGGCAAAGCCAGACCGAAAUGAGCUCCCUUUGCUCAGGCAAAAGCACAGACUGUGAGAACACAACGUAUUCUUGCACGCAGGUGUCAAAAAGACCAAACUUAGAAAAUUGAGAAAAGUAAAAAAGAAAUAAAAAAAGUCGACUGUCACCUCUUAGGUCUAACAGGAAGCUGCAGGACACCUGCCUUGGGAGGCAAUCACUUCCUCUUAAUUUAAAUUUAUCUGAACAUAAACAUCACAGAUACCCACUUUUUCCUACAGCACUUCCAGCAAGGAGUCUUGUGGUUCUAUCGGGAAGAGAGAGAAAAAAGGGGACAGACGUGAGAAACUGCUGUAUUUCUAACACCUGGCCGUUGC